AUGCCUUCAGGUGCUAAGAAAAGAAAAGCCGCUAAGAAAAAGCAGGAGCAAGCAUCUUCUACUCAAAUCAAUCUUAAAUCCAACAACAACCAUGACGAGGAUGCAAUCAGAAUCAAAAAGGAACAUGAAGUGGACACUGAUGAACGCAUAGAGAUCACAGAUUCAAGCCAUGAUCAUGACAAGAGCUCUAACAGCAGCAGCAGCAAUAGUAGCAGUAGCAGCAGCAGCUCGGAUGACGAAUCACAGGAAGUGAAAAAGAAGAAAGAUGAUAAGAAGGAGACUGGUGGUGAUGAUUCGGUUUCUCUAGUGAUCUCUGUGCCGGACCAACCUAUUCCAGUUGCUGGAGAUGCUCCGUUUAUGGGGUCUAGUGCUAAUGCGAUUGUGGAGAAUACAGGUUUAAUCGAUUCAACUGCGGCUAAUGAUCCAAACUCUGAGAAAAUGAUUGAGAUCUUGUCUGUUGGUGGUACUAUGGUCUCAAAGGAGACUCCUCCUUUGCCUAAACCAAACGAGACUGCCGUGGAAGUUUCAAGUGGAACCGACUCUGACGUGAAGGAAAACGAGGGAGAAGCAGCGUCAUCGUCUCUUCUAGAAUCCAACGAUGUUCCUCAAGGCAGCAGAGAGUCUGAAGUUGUCAUUUCUCAUGAGGAGGAAGAAGAGGCUCCUGUGCGACCAACACAUGGAGUUGCGCAAAGAACCUCUUGGUUAAGUUGUUGUGGCUUGUUUGAUGCGAUGACAGGAUCCGGUAGAUAA